CGCGCAGCACCUCAUUCCGUUUUCUCCUGUUCGUAGUGGCUCGGCUUAGAUUCGAUGCCGCCUUGAAGGCGGGGCUGGGACCCAGCAGUAGCCAAUGGAGCCCCGGGUGAAGGUUGAGGGGUGGAAGGCGACUAGUAGCCGGUGGUGCAGGUUUCUCCCAGAGUGUGUGCUGGGGUACCUGGUCGUCAUGGAGGCGGUCUUGACCGAAGAGCUUGAUGAGGAAGAGCAGCUGGUGAGAAGGCAUCGCAAAGAGAAGAAGGAAUUGCAGGCCAAAAUUCAGGGUAUGAAGAAUGCUGUUCCCAAGAAUGACAAGAAAAGGAGGAAGCAACUCACUGAAGAUGUGGCUAAGUUGGAAAAAGAAAUGGAACAGAAGCAUAGAGAAGAACUGGAGCAAUUGAAGCUGACUAUUAAGGAGAAUAAGAUAGAUUCUGUUGCUGUUAACAUUUCAAACUUGGUACUUGAGAAUCAGCCACCUCGGAUAUCAAAAGCACAAAAGAGACGGGAAAAGAAAGCUGCAUUGGAAAAGGAGCGAGAAGAACGGAUAGCUGAAGCUGAAAUUGAAAACUUAACAGGAGCCAGACACAUGGAAAGUGAAAAACUUGCUCACAUAUUGGCAGCUAGACAGUUAGAAAUUAAACAGAUUCCAUCUGAUGGCCACUGUAUGUAUAGAGCCAUUGAAGAUCAACUGAAGGAAAAGGAUUGUGCUCUGACUGUGAUUGCCUUAAGAAGUCAGACCGCUGAGUAUAUGCAAAGCCAUGUGGAUGACUUUCUGCCAUUUUUAACAAACCCUAAUACAGGAGAUAUGUAUACUCCAGAAGAGUUUCAGAAGUACUGUGAUGAUAUUGUAAACACAGCUGCAUGGGGAGGUCAGCUUGAGCUAAGAGCUCUGUCUCACAUUUUACAAACACCAAUAGAGAUAAUACAGGCAGAUUCUCCUCCCAUUAUAGUUGGUGAAGAAUAUUCACAAAAACCACUAAUACUUGUAUAUAUGAGACAUGCAUAUGGCUUAGGAGAACAUUAUAAUUCUGUUACACGGUUGGUAAACAUAGCUACUGAAAAUUGCAGCUAAUUUAUCCAGUGUUGUACAAUUAUGUUUUAAUACAGUGUGCUGAGCUGAGUAUUUCUACCAAGUGUUGGGUUAUUCUAAAUGCUACUGAAAAACACAACUACCUUAAAUCAGUUUUAUGGCAAACUACUAACAGAUGUUUUUAGAAAUAUGUCAGAUAUAAACUUUAACCAGUGUCUUCUUAGUGGAAUUUUUAAAACUUGUAAGUCCAUUGUGGAGAACAUCAUUCAUAGACAAAGAUGGUACCCUAUUUGCUGAUACUUUCAUUUAUAUAGGAUCCUGGACAUUCUGUUUUGUGUUGGAACAAAUUUUCAUGUUUGUAAUUCUCCCCUUUCUCCCUGUUACUAAAAACUUUCAAAAUAAUCAUUUCAAUGUAAUUUGUCUUGAAAAAGUUUACCCAAUAUCUUUGUCAUUGCAAUAAUGUAGUAUGGUGAUGGCCAAUUUAAUUAAUGCCUAUAAAAUGAACUUGAUUGUUGUAACCAUGGUAUUGAUGAGAUUAAUGCAGUGAAGCUUUAUUAUUAAUAUAUAUAGCAUUAUCGAAGCAUAACUAAGAAGCUGCCUUUGAUAAUUAAGAAUUU